GUCGUCCUCGCGAGAUUUGCCUGCAGGCCGAGCAGGGCCGGGGCGGCGGCCGGGGCUUCUCCGGACCCCGGGCCCGGAGGACCUCCAUCGUGCCGUAGGCCGGGGAGCGGGGCCUGUGCGGCGGGGCCUGUGCGGCCGGAGCUCCCCUGCCCCGAGCGCAUCGCGGGGGCCGUGACCUUGGCGUGUCCUUCACUGAGUGCCAGCUCCGUGCCCGGUCCCAUGCUGGGCUUUCUCACCACCAGUGAUGGAGAAGGCUGUGGCCCGGUGGUGGCCUGGGGUCUGUCCUCCCUGCUGAAGGGCCCUUCCCUGCAGGUGGCUUCCUGCCUGGCCCAGCGCCAUGCACACGCUUGUGUUCCUGAGCACGCGGCAGGUGCUCCAGUGCCAGCCAGCGGCCUGCCAGGCCCUGCCCCUGCUGCCUCGAGAGCUCUUCCCCCUGCUGUUCAAGGUGGCCUUCAUGGACAAGAAGACUGUUGUGCUUCGCGAGCUGGUGCACACAUGGCCUUUCCCGCUGCUCAGCUUCCAGCAGCUGUUGCAGGAAUGUGCCCACUGCAGUCGGGCCUUGCUGCAGGAGCGCCCCAGCACAGAGAGCAUGCAGGCUGUAAUCCUGGGGCUGACAGCCCGGCUCCACACCCCGGAGACCGAGGCUGGCACACAGCCUCUCUGCAGCCUACUCGUGCUCCCAGGAAGCAUGCCCUGCGAGUGCUGGACAUGACAGGCCUUCUGGACGACGGUGUGGAGCAGGACCCCGGCACCAUGAGCAUGUGGGACUGCACAGCGGCAGUGGCCCGCACCUGUAUAGCACAGCAGCAAGGCGGGACUGCGGAGCCUGGGCUGGCCCCUGUUCCUGUGGAGGUUCGUGUGGACCUGCGGGUGAACCGGGCCUCUUACGCGUUCUUGCGGGAGGCACUCCGCAGCAGCGUAGGCAGUCCCCUGCGGCUCUGCUGCCGGGAUCUGCGGGCCGAGGACUUGCCCAUGCGCAACACUGUGGCUUUGCUGCAGCUGCUGGAUGCGGGCUGCUUGCGCCGCGUGGACCUGCGCUUUAACAACUUGGGUCUACGUGGCCUGUCUGUUAUCAUCCCACAUGUGGCCCGCUUCCAGCACCUGGCCAGCCUGCGGCUGCACUAUGUGCACGGGGACUCCAGGCAGCCUUCUGUGGAUGGUGAGGACAACUUCCGUUACUUCCUGGCCCAGAUGGGCCGCUUCACUUGUCUGCGGGAGCUCAGCAUGGGCUCCUCUCUCCUCUCGGGUCGGUUGGACCAGCUGCUCAGUACCCUGCAGAGCCCCCUGGAGAGCCUGGAGCUGGCCUUCUGUGCCCUGCUGCCUGAGGAUCUGCGCUUUCUGGCCCAGAGCCCCCACGCUGUCCGUCUCAAGAAGUUGGACCUCAGUGGCAAUGACCUGUCUGGCAGCCAACUAGAGCCCUUCCAGGUUCUACUGCAGGCGGCAGCAGCCACACUGUUGCACCUCGAGCUAACUGAGUGCCAGCUCGCGGAUACCCAGCUGCUGGCCACACUCCCUGUGCUGACGCGCUGCACCAGCCUCCGCUACCUCGGCCUCUAUGGCAACCCGCUGUCCCUGGCGGGCCUCAAGGAGCUCCUACGAGAUUCAGUGGUGCAGGCUGAGCUACGCACGGUGGUGCACCCCUUCCCCGUGGACUGUUAUGAGGGCCUGCCCUGGCCACCGCCUGCUUCUGUUCUGCUGGAGGCUUCCAUCAAUGAGGAGAAGUUUGCUCGUGUGGAGGCCGAGUUGCACCAGCUGCUACUAGCCUCAGGUCGUGCUCAUGUGCUCUGGACCACAGACAUUUAUGGGCGCCUGGCUGCAGACUAUUUCAGCCUAUGAUCUCCAGGCUGUCCCGGUGUUCAGGGCUACUGGAGAUCCUUCCCUGCCUUAGGCAGACAGAGCCUUCACUGGGAUCCUGGCCUGACCCAGAGGCGCUGGGCUCGGGUUUCCUUGCUCCUGGGCACUUUGAGCCUUCCUAAGCUUCCUGCACCGCUGUACCCAUUCCCCUGACUGACUGUGGGCUUCAGGGCUGGAUUCCAGGCCUGCGGGCCAGGUUUGAUCAUGGUGCACUUGGCUGCCCUCUGGGGUUCUGAUCCUUCUGGAAUGUUUGUAGGGUCCCAACUGCAAGCCAGCCGAGAGAGAGUGUUCUCUAGGCCCGUCCCAGGAGAGCUGCGUGCUCCGGGUUUAAGGUUGGAACAGGAACCUGCUUCAAGGAGAACUGGGUCUCCAUGCACUGGGGCUUUUCAUGGUCCUGCCUGCCCCAGCACCCAGGCCACCUGUGGGCUUUGGAGCCAGAAGGGGUCGUUAAGGUAGAAACGUGCAGUGUGUUUGGAACUUA